AUGGUUACGCCUUUGGAGAAGGCGAUUGAAAAGUACAUCGAUGGCCUCCCUGACCCAAUUCAGGACAUUGUUACCGGUAGCAACCUUACUACUGUCAGACAGGCCAUUGAACUAUCCACUACCCUGACUGAAUCUCAAAUCAGGAAGGGAACAUUGCUUACUACAAGUGCAUAUGUCAUGGCUGUGGUGAUAGGGUCCGGAGUGUUGUCCUUAGCUUGGUGUUUGGCUCAGUUAGGUUGGAUCCUUGGAGUUCUUUUACUUGCAGCCAUUGCUGUCACUUGGUACACCUCCAUUUUGCUUUCAGACUGCUACAGGUCUCCUGAUCCGAUUACUGGCACCCAAAACUAUAACUACAUGCAAGCUGUUAAAGUUAGUCUUGGAGGGUUUAAGUACAAACUAUGUGGAAUAUCUCAAUAUGUGACUCAAGUUGGUACGACCAUCGGGUACACCAUUACUUCGGCGAUCAGUAUGGCGGCGGUUGAACGGUCAAACUGUUUUCAUAAGUACAGGCACGAAAACGGUAUCGACCAACCAUAUUAA